AGAAGUCCAAGCACUUAACAUCCUGGUUAGUUCUCACGUAUCUCCUAUGUUUAGUUUGAGUGUGUGAGGAAAACGUUAAAUGUUAUUUAGCCAUUUUAGUUAAUUAAUUUCGUUCUUCACAAUGUUUAAUCGCACUCUCCUUUGUGCUUAUUUAUUUCGCAGUAUGGUGACGUCACAGUGGAGACACUAUGUUAUUCUUCAUCUUUAGGCUAGGCUAGGUUAGUCAGCUAACACUCUGGAGAACAAGGUUGGUUGUUGAGAUUUACAAUUCUUCCAACAUGUACACCUUAUUAUCGGGAUUGUAUAAAUACAUGUUCCAAAAGGACGAAUAUUGUAUUCUGAUCCUUGGUCUGGACAACGCUGGCAAAACGACCUUUCUGGAACAAACCAAAACAAAGUUCAGUAGGAACUACAAAGGGAUGAGUUUAUCAAAGAUAACAACUACAGUAGGCCUGAACAUUGGCACCAUUGAUAUGGGCAAGGCCAGACUAAUGUUCUGGGAUCUGGGAGGUCAGGAGGAGCUCCAGUCUCUGUGGGACAAAUAUUACGCAGAGUGUCACGGCGUCAUCUACGUGAUAGAUUCAACUGAUGAAGGUCGUCUGUCUGAAUCAAAGGAGGCCUUUGAGAAAAUGAUCAGCAGUGAGGUGUUAGACGGUGUCCCUCUUCUUGUGCUGGCCAACAAGCAGGAUGUUCCGAACUGUUUGUCUGUGCCUGACAUUAAGACAGCCUUUAGUGACUGUGCACCGAAGAUCGGCAAACGAGACUGUUUAGUCCAACCGUGCACCGCCCUGACUGGGGAUGGAGUAAAUGAAGGCAUCGAGUGGAUGGUGAAAUGUGUGGUCCGGAACAUUCACCGUCCUCCCAGACAAAAGGACAUCACAUAAACGCCUCAUCUUCCUCCUCUGUGUGAACCGAAGCCGCCUCCCUUCAGGACAUUCCACGAAAUCUCUAGAGCACCCUCUGCUGUCUUCUAAGACUAGGACAGGAUUUUGAUGUGAGGAAGCAGCUUUUCUGAUGUGCUUUGAGCCACUGUCUGUGUUUUUCACUGGUUUCCUGGUGUCGAAUUAACGGGGUUUUUUUCUCACUUUUGGAAAAAAAAAGAGGAAACACUAUAUCUUUAAAAAAUACUGUAAUAUCAAUAUUAAAUACCUUUUUUAUGAAAAAUCCUUUUGGUAAGGCAGGAUCCCUAACCACCUCUGUCACCUAUUGUACUGUACAGUACCCUGCAUCAAGUUAUCGUUAACAUUUGCAGCUUCCCCACUUGGAAGAGAGACAGAUCCAUUUGAUCCUUUACUUAUUUGCCAUGAGGUACAUGAAUGAAAACCUUUGGGAAAACAAGAAAUAUACAUGUACACUAUUGUUGAUAGUAACAGAAAUAUAAUACACCCAUUUGUAUAUGUACACCAUUACACAAUUCUCCACAAUAAACAUGGAUUAAGCUUUCA